CUCCAAUUCAAGAUGGCUAAGCGCACUAAGAAGGUCGGAGUUGUUGGUAAAUACGGUGUCCGUUAUGGUGCCUCGCUCCGUAAGCAGGUCAAGAAGAUGGAAAUCACCCAGCACAGCAAGUACACUUGCACUUUCUGCGGUCGCGAUGCUGUCAAGCGUCUGUCCGUCGGUAUCUGGAAGUGCCGUGGUUGCAAGAAGACCAUGGCUGGUGGUGCCUGGACCUUGUCCACCACCGCUGCUGCCACCGUCCGUUCCACCACUCGUCGUCUCCGCGAGAUCAUGGAGGUCUAAACAUUCCUCGUUUUACCCGCCAGAACUCGAGCAGCUUUACUUUCGCGAAUAAAAAACGGUCAUGGUGUUCCGAAGCACGAAAGGAAAGAAAAAUGAAAUGAGAAAGCGACAGCUGAAGGGAAGAAGAAGUGAAGGUGACGGAUGAAAAGAAAGGAUAGAAAGAAGGCGAAGAAAGAAGGCGAAGAAAAAGAAAGAAAGCCAAGAGAAGAGGUGUCGUGGCAAAGUCAAUAAUGAAACGCGUGGAAGUGAUUGUAAAGGAAAGGCGGUGUAUGGGGAAAUAAUGUCACUAGUCUGUCAACCGUCUCUCUCUUUUCUCCCAUUUCCGUUUCCUCUUUGCUUUUCCGCUCGUUGCACCUAUUAAAAUAUUCUGCC